GGCAGCAUAACAACAUACAUGUUAAUCUUGGUACAAUUUUUGAUCACGACACAAUCUUGCAAUAAAAAAACCUCUUAGAGUUACUAUGUCGACAAAAGUCUAUAUUUCCCACUUUGUAUCUAUCGUGCGCAUAUAAUUUCUUCAGUCAUAUAUUACAGCAAUUACACCCUAUUCGCGUUGCAAUCUAUCCUAAGAAUGAAAAAUUUCCCGAUCGAAGAACGCCAUGGUUACUUCACAAAUAACAUAUAGUUUUUGCAGCUAAGUCUUUGCACUUGACACAGCAUUUCCUUGCAGUUUUAAGCAUAAAUUCAUCGAGUAUAGACAGGACAAACAGUGACUCUAUGUUAGUUUACGCAUUUGUUAUGUAGAGACAGACUUGAUUACGUUCUUUCUUAAAGAAAAACACUAAUUACCAAUAUAAAUUCAGUGUAUUAGUCAAUAACAUAUAGACCGCUGAUUGUGAUGUAGACUAUUCUUCUAUGAACAUUUACCAAUUAUGUUUAGUUUAAAAAUUCAAAAGUGUACCAAGUGUAAAAUGCAAAAAAAAUGGCGACUAUUCAACGCCACAGAUUUUCAAUCUUUAAUGUACCCCUGCUUCAUCUUUUGCCGUAUUUUUGCAAUAUUUCCGUACAAGUUCAACGCUUCAAUUUUCGAGGUUUCAAAAGCAUAUUAUAUCCUGUCAACUAUGGUUGUCUGCAUUUGUUGUGCUUGUAACUUGGUAUUCAUUUAUGGUCUUGCAAUUUCUGAAACAAUUACUUAUGGAGACGUAACCAGAAAUCUUGAGGUUAUCUGUUACUUUAUAUUAAACAGUGUGAUAAUAAUCAUCACGCACAUCUUGAGCAUUCCACGAAUGCGCCUGCUACAGACUAUUUUGGAAAUCUCUUCAAAACUAUCCUCGGAAUCAUAUCAGAAAUUAUCCAGAUUUAUACAUGUCAAGGAUAUCUUGGGGACCAUCUUGUUUAUCGUGCAAAAUAAUAUAUUUUGCUUUACAAAUAUGCCUUACAAAUAUGAACAGGACUGGAGAACUACCCUACUAUUUAUAUUCGCAACGUACAUAUCAUUGUUGGAAUUUCACACCAAUAUGUUGUACGCAAAUUGUGCUUGUAUAUUAAAGGCUUGUUUCAAGAAUAUCAAUAACAAUCUUCUGCAUAUGCAACAGCUUAUAAUAAACGAUGCAAAGUCAUAUGUUUCUAUGUCAAGUUGCCACAUGCAACGAAAUCAAUUUCUGCUAAUAAAACUGAAAACUUUGAAGAAACAACAUUUGACGAUUAGCAAAACAGUGCAAACACUCAACAUAAUCUUCAGUUUGCAACUUCUUGCUACUAUAGCCAUAGUUUUUACCAAUACCACUUUUAGAUUGUAUUCCUAUAUAGCGCGUUGGCAACACGAAUUAUUACUUAUUCGUUUUGAUUGGCAUAUUUUGGAGGCGUUUUUCAUAUACAUGGCUCAUUUUGUUAUAAAACUAAUGUUACUUGUGUGGAUCUGUGAGACUUGCAAGAAUCAGUUCCAAGAAACUGGCACCAUCAUUCAUGAUAUACUUAAUAACACCAAAGAUGAGCAAAUCAAAUACGAGCUACGACUCUUUUCUUUGCAAAUAUUGCAUUGCGAAAAUACAUUUACGGCAAAAGGUCUCACUGUGGAUGCGACACUUCUCACUGCAAUGGUGGGAAGUAUCACAACAUAUAUGCUAAUUUUAAUACAAUUUUUGAUCACAUCACAUUCUUGCGAUGGAAAUUCUACAAUCAAUAACACACACAUAAGAAAUUGAGUUAUAUAAAAGGAAAUAUGUAUUACUUAAUCAAAGAGAAAAAUAUCUUAUGUAUUAUGUGUACAAAGAGAAAAUAUGAAGUCGGAAUCAGUAAUAAUGGAUCUUUUAGAAUUACUAAUUUAUGCAAAUGUUGUACAGUCUGUAAUUCCUAUUUCAUAUGUGUAUACAUAAUUAAUUAAGUUAUAUGCUACAACAAACGACGUUUCAUUAUGCAUUUUAUCUUUCUAUACAUUAAAAAAUGAUUAGUGCCGAUCGAAGAACGCCAUGGUUACUUUACGACUAACAAAUGAUUUCUAUAGCUUUAUUUCUUCUAUGCUGCAUUUGCUCAUAGUUUCAAACUUAUAUUCGUUCAGUGUAGAUAGAACGAAGGGAUCCA